AUGGAGCAGAUCGUGGUCUAUGAGUUCAUGGCCAACGGCGACCUCGACCGCUGGAUCGGAGCUGGUGAGCUGAGCCUAUACGGCGCACCUCAUCCUCUCACGAUGCAGCAACGACUCGCCAUUCUCACGGGCAUGGCGCGCGGGCUGGAGUAUCUGCACGGCUUCAGCAUCGUGCAUCGCGACAUCAAGCCCGCCAACGUGCUGCUGGACGCGCGCAUGCACGCCAAGCUCGCUGACUUUGGGCUGGUGCGACUUGGGGAAGGUACAUCUGUGGCCGCCACGCGCGUCAUGGGCACGCCGGGCUAUGCAGCAGCCCUGGUGGCAGCAGGGGACGUGGCAGCCCUCAAGGACCCGCACCUGCAAGCACCGGACGACCUGGUGCUGCGCAUGGCAUGCCUGGCGCUCACCUGUACCGCCAUGCCCACGGCGUCUCGCCCGGGCAUGAGCCGUGUGCUGGCAGAGCUGCUGCUGCUCAAGGAGGAGUUCUUCGGGGAGGAGGAGGACCGCAUGGCUAUUAGGAUCGACCACGAGAUUGAGAGCUCCGAGCAGGUCGACUUCACCUUGGAGCUGGCUCGUCUUCAGGGGAUUCAACAUGGUAGUUAG